CCAGAGACUCUGAUCAAUUUUCAAUAUGGAUGCGCACAUGUUUCAAAGUCCGACUGUAUUUUGAAAGAUUUAUGAAAGAGUCCACACGAUAGGUAAAUAUGGCAGCAGUUCUAAAGCACUGGAGAGAAGCUGCUACAUUGAUUUUAGUUGCUAAAAGGGCCCCAGUAAUCUCUGGUAUCAGUAACCGGAUCGAGAAGUCUAUAAGAAAGUAUGAUUAUGACAUUUUGAUGUUGAAAAGAAGCAGUAGAAGCAAGUUCAUGCCCAAGUUGUACGUGUUUCCUGGAGGUGCAGCCCACGAUGUAGACUUUUCAAAAGAAUGGAUAGAUGUUUUCAGAAACUGCCAAAUAGAUAGUUUGCUCGAGUUCGUGAAACUAGGAGGGGCGGGACCGUCUAUGUUUAGCAGACGACGUAGCCCAGAAUUUGAACACAUACCCAGUGAGCUAGCAUUUCGGAUUUGUGCUAUACGAGAAACAUUCGAAGAAUCUGGAGUCCUAUUAGUGAGGAAUGGUGCGGAUUCUCUUAACAGCAAUAGCUUAGAAACUCCUGUCUUUGGAACCACUAGCAGUUUUUCAGAUUCAGUUAUUCAGUCUUGGAGACAGAGGGUGAAUGAAGAUGCCAGUGAAUUCUUGAAAAUGUGUCGGGAAUUACACAUCGUUCCCGAUGUUUGGUCACUCAACGAAUGGUCAAAUUGGUUGACCCCAGUCAUGAUGCGUUCGGGUCAAGGUCGGUCAAAUAGACGGUUUGAUACUGCAUUUUAUGUGUGUGUCUUGGACCAUAUGCCACCUGCUCUUCAAGAUAAUACAGAAACUGUACAUGCAGAGUGGUCCUCACCAGACAAACUCCUGAUUGAUCGCUCAGAAGGUGGUCUAGCCCCACCACAAGUGUAUGAGCUCUGUCGAAUGCUGCACUUCACUGAUGCUGACAAACUUAACCAGUUUGCAUGGUCAAGAGCUAAGACUUGUAGUCGUGUCGAGAGAUACUUUCCUGUACCAUGUAUCUGUAAGGAUGGGAUAAUUGUCCUCUAUCCAGGUGAUGAGCUGUACCCAGAGGAACCUGAUUUUGAGGGGAAGAAUCCUUUCACCACAUAUGAUUUUACUAUGGAGGAGCUGAAAAAGAAAUAUCCUCGUAUGAACAGGGCAUUCAAUACACCUAAUGGGCCACUUGAGGUUACUGUAGAGCCAAAGGAUGGACACAAAAUGCCGCUGUUAAAUCUGUCCUCUAUUGGUAUGACUGUUGCAAAACUGUAAUAAAUUAUCCAGAGUAAGCUGUGUGUGAAAUAGUGGUUUAUAUAUGCCAUGUGUAUUUGGAUUUUAUUUAAUUAUGUAUGGAACAAAUAUGCAAGUGUAUAGGUACACAUGAACUGUUGUUGGGCAUUUGUAAAGUAGAAAGUGCAGUAUUGGUAAUUAUUUCUAAGUUACCAAGAGAUAGACUUAUCGAUGAAAUAAAUAACUGUUAUAUGAUAGAGACAGGCCUUAUUAGCUGGACAUGUUCGUCUUGAUGUGAAGAUUAUUUAUAAUUAUUCAAUUCAGAAUUUAGAAAUAUAUACACAAAUGUAAUAAUCAGGUAUUUUGACAAUUCUGGUUGUGGAAUUAUACAAAUACAUGUACAUAGUAUCCUGUUUUAUUUUACAAUAUUCUGAUGAACCUCAUCAUGAAAUCAAAAUCUGGCAAAUUAAACCUUGAUUUAUAUAUAUACAGAUCUCCAGUGUAACCAUGUAAAAUGUCACUACUAAAUUGAAGGUUUGGGAUUAGCCGUUUGAUAGUUCCAUACAAAUCCCUUUAAUGGCUGGUGUAUUUAUCUACCUCUGGUAUGUUUUGGUAAAAAUGCUGUUCAGUCCAUCUGGUCUUAAAAACACUUGACAUGUGUUAAGAAGAUCUUCAAUAAUUGGUGUCUCAUUACCAUGCUUACACUGUUAUUACUUGAGCUAUUAAUCUAGGAAAUUAAAAUAAAGUGUUCUAUAUUCAACCUGAUAUAAACCUACCUGCCAAAUAUUUAUAAGCAUAUAAUUUUGUUGUACUUUUGUAUUAAAGCAAACAGUUUUUAUUUGUAUUUGGUCAAUCAUGAUAAAAAAAGUUUUAUAGCGUGUUUAAUUUUUUUAGUAUUGAUAGAUGUCCUGUAUUAAUUUGGAAAUCACAGUUACCACAUAAUUCAUUUGGUUUGUGACCAGUCAAUGAAACACUACAAACAUAUCUAUAGGAAAGGAUAAGAGCAGUGACCAGGUGGACCCAAUGUUAACUUAUACUGAAGGCAGAUAUAUCUAGAUGUAUUGUCAGAUAAAGGUUUUACAGUAUUAGAGAUACAGGAGAAAGGACACAUUCACUACCUAUAUAUACUGAUGUUAUUUUGUGUUGAAAAUUUACAGAUCACCAUUGAUUUUAUUCCUUUACUGUUCAUGAUUAUGUAAAUAAAUAUUAUAAUUUAUGAAUAAUAAAAUUUGCUAUAUUUUUGA